AUGCGCCACUCACAUCCUGUCGGUACUCACAUUGGGUUGCGACACGCCGACAUCAACGACGUCAAUCCUGUGCCUGCGUCUCUGGCCACUUCUGACAUCGCUCCAGUACCUGCAGCCGCUGAGGGGGAUCUAUAUGUCAGCCAAGCCCAUCGUCCUGAGCACCAGGUGUCUGCAUGCAUCAAAGAGGAGGAAGAGGGAAAGUCACCAUACAUCAAGGAAGAGGAGGACUUCAUACCCAUUAAAGGUUUCAGCAAAUAUCUUGGUCCCGAGUGGCAGGAGUCGGAGUCUCCUGGCGUGAAAGAGGAAUUGGAGUACCCACAUAUGAAACAGGAAGAGCCAGAGAACCCUCAACAGCAAAAAAGAGAAAUGCAACUUCCAAUCAAAAAGGAGGAGGUAGAGCUGCCAUACGUUAAAGAGGAGGACGACAUCACCAUGUCGACUGGUGAGCCCUUGAAGAGUGAGGAUGAUCCGAGUGAGGCCAGCAGAGGGACGGAGCCACCAAGCAGCAGCUCAACAGAAGAAUCGCAAGCACACAUUUUCAUCGCACCAUCAGAUGGAAAUGGCGCCACGUCACACUCACCUUACAAAGAUGAUUUUAAUAAGAAAUCUCACUGUUUCAGCAAAUAUCUUGGUCCCGAGUGGCAGGAGUCUGAGUCUCUUGGCGUGAAAGAUGAAGUGGAGCACCCACAUAUGAAACAGGAAGAGCCAGAGCACCUUCAACAGCAAAAAAGAGAAGUGCAACUUCCAAUCAAAAAGGAGGAGGUAGAGCUCCCAUACAUUAAAGAGGAGGACGAUAUCACCAUGUCGACUGAUGGAAAUGGCGCCAUGUCACACUCACCUUACAAAGAUGAUUUUAAUAAGAAAUCUCACUGUGAGGACACACUCUGUAAAUGCUCUUUCUGUGGGAAAACUUUUACUUCUAAGCAAGCUCUUUGUGCGCAUAUGAGGAGUCACACUGGUGAAAGACCUUUUGUCUGCUCAGUUUGUGGUCUCAAAUUCACUCAGAAGAACAACUUAGACAGACACACAAGAAUCCACACUGGCGAUAAACCUUUUUCCUGCUCAGUUUGUGGUCAAAGAUUCAGUCAAAAGAGCACCUUCAACACACACUGGAGAACCCACUCUGGUGAAAAACCUUUUUCCUGCUCGGUUUGUGGUAAAAAAUUCAGACACAAGAGCAACUUAAACACACACUCAAGAACCCACACUGGUGAAAAACCUUUUUCCUGCUCAGUAUGUGGUCAAAGUUUUAGUAAAAAGAGCACUUUAAGCACACACACUAGAACCCACACUGGUGAAAAACCUUUUUCCUGCUCAGUAUGUGGUCAAAGUUUCAGUAAAAAGAGCACCUUAAGCAAACACACAAGAAACCACACUGGCGAAAAAGCUUUUUCCUGCUCUGUGUGUGGUCAAGGAUUCACUUGGAAGGAUCAGAUGAAGAGACACCUGUGUGGUGGUGUGAGAAGCAGUGGCCAAUGA